GAAAACAACAGUACAACGUGAAAUCGAUGAUGAGAUCAAAAUAAUACCAAGCAAUGAAGAAACGUGGAUGAACCUUCGCUUUGACACAAAAGAUCAUGGAUUGCUGUGGUACAAAUGCUAUGCACAUGAUAAGGGAUUUUCUGUUAGAGAAACAGGAGGGGUUAAGAGAACAAGCAAUAACAAACCGUGUGAAGUUGUAAGAUAUUUU